CUGUUUAACAUUAUUACUGUUCCUCAUCAUGGCUGAACUGUCACCUGAAGAGAUUCAGAUGAGGGCCAACCAGGUCACUGAUGAGUCUUUGGAAAGCACAAGGAGGAUUCUUGGCUUGGCCAUUGAGUCUCAUGAUGUUGGCAUCAAAACUAUCACCAUGCUGGAUGAACAGGGAGAACAACUGAAUCGCAUAGAAGAAGGCAUGGACCAGAUAAAUAAAGAUAUGAGAGAAGCUGAGAAGACACUGACAGAGCUCAACAAAUGUUGUGGGCUCUGUGUCUGUCCUUGUAACAGGACAAAGAAUUUUGAGGCUAGCAAGCCAUACAGAGCAACCUGGGGAGAUAGAAUGGAGAAUUCGGCGGAUCAUGUGAUAUCCAUGCAACCAAGAAGUAUGAAUCAGCAGCAGCCCCAGACUUCUGGAGGACCAAGUGGUGGAUAUAUUACAAGGAUAACAAAUGAUGCCAGAGAAGAUGAAAUGGAUGAAAAUCUUGCUCAAGUGGGAAACAUUCUUGGGAAUUUGAAAAACAUGGCUUUGGAUAUGGGUAAUGAGAUUGAUGCCCAGAAUAAACAAAUAGACCGGAUAAAUGUAAAG